CCUCGUCGCUAAAGCUACUCACUUGACGGUGGUCAAGGCACUGACGUCGCGUUUCAUUCACAGUAUUCCACUACUAUCUGUUUUUCCAGAUUCUACUUUAGCUAGCUUUUUAACCAAUAAGUUAGCAGUUUGUUUACCUGCCAGAGUUCACUAACGUUAUAGCUAUAGGUACUAGAGGAUUUGGAUAAAGCUACCCAAAAAAAGAAAUGGGGGCAUUUUUGGACAAGCCAAAGAUGGAGAAGUUCAAUGCCCACGGAGAAGGAAACGGCCUACGAUAUGGCCUUAGCAGCAUGCAGGGCUGGCGGGUAGAGAUGGAGGAUACACACACGGCUGUCAUUGGCCUGCCCCAUGGCCUCAACCCCUGGUCCUUUUUUGCCGUGUAUGAUGGCCAUGCUGGCUCUCAGGUGGCCCGCUACUGCUGCGAGCACUUGCUAGAGCACAUCACCAGCAACCCAGAUUUCAGGGGUGGGGGUGCAGGACCAGGAGGUGGAGAAGAGGGGGGCAGGGCAAUUCUGGACAGGCAUGGACCCGAGCCAUCAGUGGAGAGUGUGAAGAGUGGCAUUCGCACUGGCUUCCUGCAGAUUGAUGAGCAGAUGCGAGCUAUCUCGGAGCGUAAGCAUGGUGCGGACCGCAGCGGCUCUACUGCAGUGGGAGUCAUGAUCUCACCUCGCCACAUGUACUUCAUUAAUUGUGGCGACUCACGGGCACUCCUCAGCAGGGGAGGCCGGGUCCAUUUCUUUACGCUGGAUCACAAGCCCAGCAAUCCAUUGGAAAAGGAGCGCAUCCAGAAUGCCGGUGGCUCUGUCAUGAUUCAACGUGUUAAUGGCUCGCUAGCUGUGUCUCGGGCCCUUGGUGACUUUGACUAUAAAUGUGUACAUGGCAAGGGCCCCACAGAGCAGCUUGUGUCGCCUGAGCCAGAGGUGUAUGAGAUUGAAAGAUCUGAGGCGGAGGACGAGUUUGUGGUUUUGGCGUGUGAUGGCAUCUGGGACGUGAUGGCCAAUGAGGAGCUAUGUGACUUUGUGCGUUUACGUCUAGAGGUGACAGAGGACUUGGAGAGAGUGUGCAAUGAGAUUGUUGACACAUGUUUAUACAAGGGAAGCCGGGACAACAUGAGUGUGGUGCUGGUGUGUUUCCCAGGUGCUCCCAAGAUCUCGCAAGAAGCUGUGAAGAGACAGGCAGAGCUGGAUAAGUACCUGCAGAGCAGGGUAGAAGCUUUUCCAAUGAAGCAAGCUCAAUAUUGUAUCUUCUGGACCCGGUUUUUCAAAACAUUUAAUCUUGAUCAGAAUGAUACGGAUUCUGUAAUCCCUUAUUUUGCAUACCAGGAUCAUAUAAAUCCAACAGAUUUUUUUGGCCAGUGUUUCUGAAAUAGGUAGGAAAGGACCAUUCUGAUCUACAUAUGAAAAUGUUAAGAAUCUAGAUUACCUGUGCUUUGAAUAUGUGUAAACCAUGCCAUCUACUGGGCAGGUUAUAUUACUACAUACAUGAAGAAAGGUUCACUUUUAAUUUUUUUUUUUUUUAACCAAAUCUGUGUUUUGGAUGUACGUUAAUGUUAAAAAAGCGCUGAGACACUAUAAAAUAAAAUUAAUUAAUUUGGUUUUGAGAAACAUGUCCCACCAGUGAUUAUACUUCCUCAUGUUUGUUCAGCAGUUGUAGGGGCAUGAUAAAACAUGAACAAAGGCUCCAAAAACACCCAAAUACGUCCUUUUAAAAGUGACGCCGUAUAGUGAUGCAGGUCUUUAGAUGUUAUACACAUGCAAUUGUGUCAUUCCGAAAUUUAUCCGCAACGUUAUAUUCCAUGUUGUGUGACUCGAGCUGUACUUUUCCGCGUGCGCAUGUGCGGGCUACACAGAGAAGUAUCGCUGGAGAAUGUAAUGUUGCGCAUAGUCACUUUACUGCUUUAAUCAGCUUUAAUAUUGCAGAUAUAUUGUGGUUUCUAGCAAUGUAAUUGUCUGCAUAAUUUCCAAUCCCCCAUAUAUAUUUUUUGUAAAUAUAUAUAGUACCAGUCAAAAGUUUGGACACACUUAC